CCCAAAUGGAAGCAGACACCUUCCUUCCAUUAAUCUUCUGAGCCCCGAAGCUGAAGUUGCAGCCCUGUAGCUAGGUUGAUCCACAAGGAAUCAGCAAAGACGAAAGGGGGAGAGAUGAACACCGUCCCGCCGGGGUUCCGUUUCUACCCGACCGAAGAAGAGUUGAUCGGUUUCUACCUUCAGAACAAGCUCGAGAACCGAAGAGAAGACAUGGAACAGGUCAUCCCCGUGGUUGAUGUCUACUGCCUCGAUCCAUGGCAGCUUCCUCCGUUGUCUGGAGAGCAUUGCAGGCGAGAUGGAGAGCAAUGGUUGUUCUUAUGCCCAAGGCAGGAGAGGGAAGCGCAUGGAGGGCGGCCGACUCGAACCACGCCAUCGGGCUACUGGAAGGCCACCGGAUCCCUGAGCUACGUGUUCUCGUCCACGAACCGAGUCAUGGGUAUGAAGAGGACCAUGGUCUUCUACCAAGGAAGAACUCCCACCGGAACCAAGACCAGGUGGAAGAUGAACGAGUACAGAGCACUCGAGGAAGGUGCAACCACCGUUCCGCUAAGCGCAACACAGAAGGUAAUCAUUGCCUCCAUAGUGGCACCAGAACCCUAUCAAUCCACUUCGCACCAUUGCAGUAAACUCCUGCAUCUUGCGCUUCUUCUUUCACAGCUCCGCAGCGAAUUCAGCGUGUGCCGCAUGUAUACCAAGUCAGGCUGCGUGAGAUCAUUUGAUCGACGACCCGCCGCCGCCGCUUCUGCUGCAACUGAUGCCCAAAGAAUGCCCGAGGUGCUGCCCUCAGGCAAUGAACCGUCUUCAUCGAAAAGGACCCUAUCUCAUGAUAGCUCUUCAUCCGAUGGCAAUGGCUCUCAGCGCUCCGUGCGACAACGGGGAGAAGACGAUCCGGGGUUGAUCGGCGAGAACGACGACUGCGACCUGUCGCAGGACUGGUUCUGAUCAUGAUGCACAACCAGACCUUAUCCGAGUAUUAAUUUCAUUGUUUAUUGAUUAGUUAAUUCCUUUUGGUUCUUCAUUAUAUGUGUUGGUUAACUUAGGAUAUUAGAUCAGCAGCAUGAGGGGGAAUAAAGAACGAACAAGAGCAGAAGAUGAGAAGAGCAUCUCUGUGGGGGAGAGGGACCUAACCAUGUCUUGACUAUUGUAUUCUGAUUGACUAGUCGUGGAAAACUUUCUCAUGCCAUUGUUGUCAAUACAACUCAAUUGCAGUUGCCACUUGUUGUUUUGUUUUA